CACCAUCUAGCUUUUCCACGCACAAAUAAACUUUUUUCAGUGAGAGAAGUGACAUUCUCAGGAGAUGGGAUCCCAAACACAGUCUCAACUUCACGUUGUUGACUUCACUGAUGAAAACAUGAAGCCUGGCACUGACACGUGGCUCUCGGUAUGCAGUGUUGUGAGGACUGCACUUGAGGACAAUGGCUGCUUCGUGGCACGCUAUGAUCAUAUUGGCAAAGAGCUUUGUGACUCUGUUGUCUUUGCAAUUGAAGAGUUAUUCAGUCUUCCCUUGGAAACAAAAGUUCAAAAGAUUAGUGACAAACCUUUCUUCGGCUACUUGGGACAAGUCUCAAUUGUACCCUUAUAUGAAUCAUUGGGAAUUGAUGACCCCUUGACCUUACAAGGCUGUCAAAAAUUCACACACGUAAUGUGGCCAGAGGGGAAUGAUCGUUUCUGUGAAAGAAUCAAUGAGUAUAGUAAGGAGUUGGCAAAAUUAGACCAUAUGGCGAAGAGAAUGGUGUUUGAGAGCUAUGGUGUGGACAUGCAACGAUGUAAUUCAAUGAUAGAAUCAAGCGAUUAUCUCCUUCGAUGCAUGAAAUAUAGAGCACCUCAUAUGGAUGAAGAUCAUGCGGGAAUGCAUUCUCACUCGGACUUGACCAUCAUAUCCGUAGUACAUCAGUUGAAUAAUCUAAAUGGCUUGGAAAUCAAACUCAAAGAUGGGGAAUGGCAUGGGGUUGAUGCCUCACCCUCCUUGUUUGUAGUUAUGGCUGGUGAUGCAUUAAAUGUGUGGAGCAAUGGGAGGAUACAACCAUGUGAACACAGAGUUACAAUGAAUGCAAAGAAAAACAGAUACUCUACGGGACUGUUUUCUUUUAGUAGUAAGAUGAUGAGUAUACCGGAGGAGGUAGUUAAUGAGCAACAUCCCUUGCGUUAUAAACCACUCUUCGACCAUUAUGAAUACCUUCGUUUCUAUCAAAAACAUAAAAUCAAAGAGCCUCAUUCUCGAAUCCAAACAUAUUGUGGAAUCUGAACCCUACAGUAAUAAAGGAACUGUUUGUGCCCAUUGCUUUUGUCUAUGAAUCAGUUCAAUAACUGUGCUUUCUUACCAGGGUUAUGAAUAAGUGCACUUUUUAUUUUGUUAAUAAUUUGUGAACCACUGUUGUAAAUGAUGCAUUAAUCCCUUCAGCUUCUUGUUGGGUGAACAAUGUCGGAGUCUAAGGGGUUUGCGGCAUAUGUACGAGCAGAAUGUAUUGAAAAAUAUAUGUAAUUAUGGUUUCUGGUUAAAAAUUAUAUUUGAGGUUAAAUUAAAUUAAAAUUUUAUUUCUUUUAUUA